AUGUGGUUGGCUUUCGGCUUUGCCUCUCGAUCCAAGCCAUUCGGAUCUUCAUCCAGGCUGUUUGCCUCUGUGUCUCAUGUUGCUGCUGCUGCUACCACAAACAAUCCCGGUGCCCACCCAAUAAUAAGAACUUAUGCUACCCAGAAAAACAAGGCCAGUACCCGCAAACUGUCAGAGCCUCAGAGUGAGCUGUUGGAUCAAGUGGAUGUUUUUCUUUUUGACUGUGACGGUGUGAUUUGGAGGGGAGAUUCCUUGAUUGAUGGCAUACCCAAAACGCUGAACACGCUUCGCAAAUUGGGAAAGAAGGUAUUCUUUGUGACCAACAAUGCGACCAAAUCACGGGCAGGAAACAAGAAAAAGUUUGAGGCCCUGGGUUUGGAUGUUGCUGCUGAAGAAAUCUUUCCCAGUUCCUUUGCCGCCGCUGCCUACUUGGAAAAAACAAGAUUCAAGGAGAGAGGGAAGAAAAUCUAUGUCAUUGGUGAAGUGGGUAUCUGUGAAGAAUUAGAUGUGAUUGGUGUCCCUCACAUUGGAGGUCCUUCCGAUUCCGACAAAAUACCGGAAAUGGGCCGGGGUGGCAAAUUGAUUGUGGACAAAGAUGUUGGUGGUGUCAUUGUUGGAUUAGACCGCAACAUCAACUACUACAAAAUCCAAUAUGCACAGUUGUGCAUUAAUGAAAAUGGUGCUGAGUUCAUUGCCACCAACUCGGAUGCUGUGGGACACUUUACAGAUGCUCAAGAAUGGGCUGGAGCCGGAAGCAUGGUUGGAGCCAUCAAGGGAUGCACUGGACAAGAACCCACCAUAGUGGGCAAGCCCAGUCCAUUGAUCAUUGACUAUCUCACUGAGAAGUUGGAUCUGAAUAAAGAACGUAUCUGUAUGGUCGGCGAUAGGUUGGAUACUGAUAUUUUGUUUGGCACCAACAAUGGAUUGAAGAGUGUUUUGGUGCUGAGUGGUGUCACUACUGAAGAGAGGCUGUUAAGCCCAGAGAACACCAUCAUACCUGACUUCUAUGCUGACACUAUCAAUGACUUCCUUAUGGACACCCCAUCAAAGGUGGGGAGAUAG